CGGAAAACAAGCCGUGACCCUCCCCUUUAUGCGUGCCCGCUGUCGUCGGGUAGCGCCAGGGAGCCCAGCAGGGUAUGAACCCUUCCUCCAGGACCCCUCCGUGAUGUACACAUGCGACGCGCAUUCCGUCCGACGACGUGAAUCGCACUGAUCGAGUCCCGCGUGUGAUCCCGCCGAUGUCGUCAUCGCCGCUCAUCCUCCCCCCGCCUCCCCCCGCUCCUGCGAGGAGGUGAAGCCUUUGAGAAUAACACCGCCGGCCGCUAUGAGACGAAUAACGGGAGAGGCGCAGGAGGAAACUCUGAUCGAGCUGCACGGCGUGGCGGAUCCACAGACUGGAGAUGGGCCUGCAGUGUUCACCAUAUUCAGGACGAACCUGCACUCAGAUGAAAAUGGGGGAAAUAGUGUUAAUUCAUUAUCUGAAAGUACAACACUGCCUGGACAUACAGAGACUAAAAAGCUACAACAAAACACAGACACGGUGUUCUUCAGGGACGGAGUUCGGAGGGUAGACUUUGUGUUGUCCUACGUGGACGACAAAGAUGGAGAGAAGAAACAGGAGAGGAGGAGGGCGUUUGAGGCUAACCUUGAGAAAGACGGACUGGAGCUGGAGACUGAGGACAAAUCGGACUCUAAAGACCAAAAGACAUAUUUCUUAAAGAUUCAUGCUCCGUGGAAGGUACUGGCCACCUACGCUGACGUCUUAAAGAUCAAAGUCCCCUUCAAAACCAGUGACGUCCCCCACGGUCAGGACGUCCCACUGGAGUGUCUCUCACAUCCUUUCCGCUUGCCAGAGCACGUUAUGCGCCCUGAACCCGACUACUUCACCUACCCCUUCGACAAGACCAAGACCGACUUCUUCCUCAUCAACGACAAGGACACUUUCUUCCCACCGUCCACAAGAAACAGAAUUGUGUACUACAUCCUAGCUCGAUGCCCGUACUACAAAGAGGGUCUGAAAGAGAGAGACAAGACGGGGAUCAAGCGACUGCUCAGCAAUGGGACGUAUACCGCAGCCUUUCCACUACAUGACUGUCGAUACUGGAAGAGGGCACGAAACGCCGAGUGCGAGAGUGAGCGCUUCAACUUGUACCAGCACUGGGCUCGCUUCCUCAUCUUUUACAAAGAGCAGCCGCUCAACCUCAUCCGGAAGUACUACGGGGAGAAGAUUGGGAUCUACUUCGCCUGGUUGGGCUUCUACACUGAGAUGCUCUUCUUUGCGGCCGUCAUGGGCGUUAUAUGUUUCACCUACGGACUUCUGAGUUACGACAACAAUGUGUCAAGCAAAGAAAUAUGUGACGCCAACAUUGGAGGAAGUAUUGUGAUGUGUCCACUUUGCGAUAAGAAGUGUCCUUUCUGGAAGCUCAACUCUACAUGUCUCUCCUCCUGGCAAUCGCAUCUGUUUGACAACGAGGGAACGAUAUUCUUUGCCAUAUUCAUGGGGAUUUGGGUGACUCUGUUUUUGGAGUUCUGGAAGCGGCGCCAGGCCCGGCUGGAGUACGAGUGGGACCUGGUGGACUUCGAGGAGGAGCAGCAGCAGCUUCAAAUCCGGCCCGAGUUUGAGAUACAAUGCACCAGCAAGAGACUCAACAAGAUCUCUCAGGAAAUGGAGCCAUAUCUGCCUGUCACCAGCAAGUGUGCUCGCUUCUGCCUCUCCACGGCCACUGUAAUAUUCUGGAUUUCUUUGAUAGUGGCCUGUAUCAUUGGAGUCAUAGCAUACAGGCUGGCUGUGUAUGCUGCCUUCGCAAGUAUCAUCAAAGACCCCAUGAGGAAGAUCCAGUUGGUGGGCAAAUUCAUCACUCCGCAGCUGGCCACGUCUGUCACCGCCUCCUGCAUCAACUUUGUCAUCAUCAUGAUCCUCAACUUCUUCUAUGAGCGGGUGGCCAUUUGGAUCACCGAUAUGGAAAUCCCAAAGACCCACCUUGAGUAUGAGAACAGGCUGACCAUGAAGAUGUUCCUCUUCCAGUUUGUCAACUACUACUCAUCGUGCUUCUACGUGGCCUUCUUCAAGGGGAAAUUUGUUGGUUCUCCUGGCGACUACACGUACAUGUUCGGCCCGUGGAGCAAACUGAGGAAUGAGGAGUGCGACCCUGGAGGCUGUCUGAUUGAGCUGACCACACAGCUGGUGAUUGUUAUGUCGGGGAAACAACUCUGGGGGAACAUCCAGGAAGCUCUGCUGCCCUUGAUACGCAACUGGUGGAGUAGCAGGAAGGGACGGCACCACCCGGAGAACCGUUACAGCCGCUGGGAGCAGGACCACGCCCUGCUGAACUUCACCCAGCUGGGAUUGUUUUAUGAGUACCUGGAGAUGGUGGUCCAGUUUGGUUUCAUCACAUUGUUCGUAGCCUCUUUCCCCCUGGCUCCGCUGCUGGCCCUGUUCAACAACAUCCUGGAGAUCCGGGUGGAUGCCUGGAAGUUCACCACCCAGUACAAGAGGCCAGUGGCGUCCAAGGCCCGAAACAUCGGCGCGUGGCAGGAAAUCCUCAACGCAGUGGCCAUUUUGUCCGUUGUUACUAACGCUUUCAUAAUGGCGUUCACCUCCGACAUGAUCCCCCGCAUGGUCUUCCUGUAUUCCUACGAUGAACAUAAAAGCAUGCGGGGCUACGUUAACAACAGCCUGUCAGUGUACAACAUCUCUCACAUACCCGAGCGCAACAUGCCCGAGGAACGAGACGACUGGUUUGGUAACUCCACCACCACCUGCAGAUACCGUGACUACCGUUACCCUCCGGGCCACCAGAAGCAGUACACUCACACCAUGCAGUUCUGGCACAUCCUGGCUGCCAAAAUGGCCUUCAUCAUCAUCAUGGAGCAUGUCGUGUUCGUGGUGAAGUUCCUCGUGGCGUGGAUGAUCCCCGAUGUCCCUACAGGCGUGAAGGCUCGAUUUAAGCGAGAGCGCUACUUGAUUCAAGAGUACCUGCAUAACUACGAGGUGGAGCGGCUCAAACUCCAGCUGAGUGCCAGUUUCCUCACGGAGCCGCAGUCAGAAAUGUCCUUGCCGACCGACAAGCAUGAAACGCUGUCUGAGUGCCUGUAGCGUUACGCUUUGAGCCACUGACGGACCGGGAGCAUCCGUAUACAAGGGCUUCUGUCUUUGGCUGAAAAUGUUUUUAUCUUUUACUGCCGAAUGGACUCCUACAUUAGGAUGCAACCUUUUACCUAAUCUGCUUUUUGAAUGGAUGAAACAUUCCUGUGCCAUAAAACGAUAGCGGGAAGAAGCAAAGAGCAAAAAAUGCAGCCUUUAUCAUUCCCCGUGUAAUGUCUUCUUAUUGAAAAGUAAUAAUCUCUGUAUGUGCCAAUAGAGUUAAAGUUUGUUGUGUUGAACAUGUGACAGUAGAUGUAAUUAUCCUUAAAAUAGUCAGCUAAGAUAUCAUUUAUUAAAUGUUCUGCAUGUGAUUCUUCUGAUUGGAAUACAAGAUGAAGGACUCAAAUGUUUCAAAAAAGAAAUGUACGUGGUUAAAAAAGAUCAUAUCAUUUCAGAGAUGUACCUUAUGCAUAACAUGUCUUUUCUAUCAUUGAACUAUUACUGUAGCCUGUUUUUUAAUUGGUAGCUACACAUUGCUCAGUUCCACUGAUCUGUAGCCCGGCUAUGAGGUUGUCAGUUUUGUUAUUAGAGGAUGUUUAGAGAAAGUCAGUGCAUUUGAAAACCAGGUACCUCCUUCAUACUGCAGUGAUACUGUAACAAUUAAGGGUGUGAAUAUCAGUCCACCCUUUCUUAGUAACAUGGUGAGACAGCAGGUGCAGGCUCACGUAUUGCAUCUUACAUGUGUAUUUCCAACUAGCUGUGGGACCAAUUAGAUUCCUACCAGGAGAAAAGACUACACCGAGAAUAUCUCUGACAGAGUUUCUGUUUGGAUACAAUCAGUUCAUGUGCGUGAGUCGAGGUUGAUCAAUUGUCGACUUUACUCCUCCUUGGGUUUCACAUGGAUAAUAAAUGGCCUAUAUUCCUGUUUACAAAUUUCCCAUGAUUGUUGUCUCCCCAUGCUGUUGGCGUAAACCAUUAUAAUCGACAGAAGGAGAAGAAUUUCUUGUGCCCACGUUGUGAGUGUGGAUUUCAGUAAAGGACCUUUAGUAACUCUGGUUACUAAGUGUUCCUGUAAAUAUAAAUAAUAAAUAAUCUUUUUAAAAGGGCUGCACUGCAAUUACCUUAUUGGUUCGCUUGUGCUGUGUAGCCUAAAGCUUUUUUAUUUAUUAAUUGAUUUACAACACCCGAUUUCUUAUUUUGUACUACUCGUUGCCUCAUAACAACAACCGAGCCGUGUUGGUUCAGACAAUUUUUCAAAUUCAUUGCAUUCUAUACACUGCUACUUUUUGAAAGGGUAAUAAAGAAUAAAGAAACAGAGAUUAGACGCAGAGAUUGUCUUUAGCUAAAAACAGCUUGUCUGUUUAUAUUGAAACCUCUUUAUAAAUGAGACAGUUGUGAUUUCAGAUAUCAGCAAAUGUUCACAGUCGAAAGCUAAGCCUGAACAUGCUAUGCACACGUCUGACAAGUGCACAGCAUGUUCUUGCAACAUGCAUGAUGUGUUUCCCAAAAAACAAAUGCCUUACGCCUCUGUGCUUACUUGUUUUUGUAUGAUUCUGUAAUAAGUUCACUGUGAACUCAGAAUGAUUGUGCUGAGAGGCAGGAAACUUGUUAACAUUCCCAGUAAAUAAAGAAAUACUAUACUAUCUA